AUUACGUCAAAUCUGUCAAAUCUUCAAAAUGGUGGGUGAAGUUUACUGUCAUUUCCUGGAAUUAAAACAAUUUAAGUGCUAAAAUCAUGUUUUUGAGCUAUUUCCGAUUAAAAAAAGUUUUUUGGUGACAACUGUUUUCUUGCAAUGGGGACAAGUGGUCAUAGUUUGGAUACAUUUAAUAUAGCAGAUCUAACUCCUGAGCAACAAAGGAUCCUUAUUGAAAUACGUAGAAGAAAGACUGAACUGCUGCUUGAAAUACAGUUUGCAGACGAGUUGCAGUUAACUUACUAUUGAAAAACCGGGCCUAAGGCGCUAAAGCUACCACCGAAUUUUGAAGUUUUAAUAAUGCUGUUGAAAGAGUUCAUCACGUUGACAAGGCAUAUCAGAAGAUGUAGUCCUUUUUAAACCCUUACUAAUUAAGGGAAUUUAAAUACAAAGCAGUGGUUAUUUCCACCAGCACUCAGGGACUACGACAAAGAGCUAUGCUAGCAGUUCAUGUCUACUGUUAGUACAUUGAAAACAUACGAUAACAUCAAGGAUUUAUCCUAACAUAGUCUUCACACAGUUCAUUGCUUCGCCCGCUACGUCAUCGUAAGUAACUAUUACUAUUUAAAAGUAUUUCUUG